UUCUGACAUCAGCUUGAAAUAUUAUCUGAAAUAGUUGUCAUUCCCUUGGUGUUUACCUCCCUGUCUGUUGUACAGAAAGCUGUCUAUAAAUAGUCUCAGCUCAGAUCCUGCUAGGCUAAGAAGAUUAACUCUGCAUUCCCUUUGUCCUAGUAACCAUUCUCUGCAUCUGCUCUACUUUCAUUUCUCUUGAGUGUUGGUGACCAGAAUGUUGCAUGAGAUUCUACGAGUAGUGGUACCAGUUCUUUGUUUUGUUUUGGGGGCUGUGUUGUGGUUGUUCAGUUUGGGGUUUUUUUUUCGUCCCAGGUGUAAUGCAUUAAUGGUUCAUAGCUUCAGGUUGUGCAGACAGGUGAUGAGCUGCAUUUGUAGGAGGUUUUUUUGAUAUUGUUAGUCCUUAAAAUGCGAUAUUUGCAAUAUACUUACACAAAUGAAUAGCUUCAGACUGUCCAGUUCUUUCUGCGUGGUGUUCUGAUGCUUUUUUUCAUUGAGAAUGCCCUUGGUUUUUCUACAGCAGAUUUAUUGGCAUGCUUCUAUUCUUGUGUGCCAGGAUCAAUUACUAAAAUAGUAAGAUUAGUCAUAGAAGCAGUCUUUGAAGAAAUUUUUGACCUCAGCUGUGCCUAGAGCUUGGGCCUCAACUGACCAUCUCUCCAUAGUGUGGUGCAAAGAACUGAUCCUGGCUACCAUCAGAGCUUUAUUUGAUCUCAUAGAUGAAAAUACAAGGCAGAUAACUGAGGAUCCAAAGAAGAGAAUGUCUGUACUGAAUCACCACUUUGUAAGACACCCUGCAAAGAUAUUUGAGGAAAAUCCUGAAGUUUUUACAGAACUCCCAGGAAUUUUCAUGUGGAUUACAGUCAAAGCCUCAAAAUGGACUUAUUCAGUUUACAAUGAUUCUGAUGGAAAAUAUUUCACAUUUCCUCUUGCAACCCACAGAAAAUCAUACAGUCAUGUUUACUGUGAAAAUAGUAUGUUGGACACAAGUAGUUGGAUUUAUGGCUGCAUGAACAGUAAUUCAUCGAUGUGCCUGGAAGCUACUGAUCUAUCCUGGAGAGCUGAGUUACUUCCAACCACCAAGGUUGUAAUGCUGAAACUUCAGGACUAUCCUUCCUUGUCCCACAUUGUCAUUCAGGUACCAGCUGCAGUCGGCAAUAAGUAUACUUUGGGCUGUGAAUUCUUCAAAGAGGAUUCCAGAACAGUACAGCUUCCUGUGACACAUCUUUUUUCAUUUGGGCUUUCUUCAAGCAAAAUUCUAUUAAAUGCAACUGGCUUACUUUACAAUGUACAGCUCCAGCACUUCAACCAAAUAUAUCAAGCUUUCAAAAUUUAUAUAGAGAGCCACUGCCAGUCAGUCAAAGAAAGAAAACCUAGUGUUUACAGACUUCAUAUACCCUGGUCACAUGAAGACUCAAUAGUUGUAGCAAAAAUUCCAUCUCUUACUGAGAUUUCUGCAAAGCUGCAUAUUGCUCAGCCUCAAAAUGACAGCAGGGCUCCAGAGUUAAAUAUCUACUCUUCCUCAGACUGUCAGUAUGAAGUAAUUCUGAAGACGUCACUUCCACAGGUUCUUGGGCAAAUAGUAAGGUUCCAUGCUGGUGCUUUUCCUGUCUAUAUUGUCUCUAAUAUUCUUCUUACUUAUGGAGGACAAUUGAGCACAUUGAGAUCAACAGGCCAGUGUUCAGACUUUUCCCUUGAACUAGUUAGGACAGCUAAGCCCUACAAAGUAGAACCUCUGAUAAGCAUUGUUGUGUUUCUGCAGGGGUUUAACUGGUUUAGAGAGAUAUGGGAAUCACUGUCACUACCAGAGGUGGAUGCUGCUGUACUGAGUAGUCAGGAUGCAUGGUUCCCCCUUGUGUCCCUGAUUCUAUUUCUUUUUGGGACAGGCAUUGCCUACUGGAGUGCAGUAUUUUUCUCUACGUCUCUGAGACUCUUCUCUUCAUUAUGGUUAACACUGAUGAGACCUACUGUACUGCAAAAAGAUAAGUUGAUUACACCUCGAAGACUCUGUGGGGUGUUAUCUCUUGCUUUAGUUAGCUGGACAACUUGUGGUGCAUUUGCUGUAUUCCUUAUUUAUCUUCAAUACUUGUUUAAGAUUAUAAAGCUGCAUGUGAGUGUAAGAGCAGAACAAAACAAGCUCAACAGGGGUUCAGACCACUCAAAAGAACCUUCACAGAACUCCAGUAUAAACACAGUCAAACCCCAGAUUUCGAUGGACAGUGUUCCAGAAGCAAACCAACCUCUUGCCAACAGUACAACAAUUGCUGAAGCUGUUAACAGUCUUAAGAUGCAUGUUACAAUCCUCAAUUUAUUCACGUGGAUUGUGCUGCUCAACUUACCAUCUUUAAUUUAUUGGCUAAAAAAUCUUAGGUACAGUGUUAGACUUGAGCCUGAUCCAUGUAGAUCUACAGCUAUUAUCAUCGUAUGCAUUUUAGAAAUUCUAAUGAAUUCAAGUACUUCUGAAGUGAAAUCAAGUAAACUCUUGAAGAUUGCAGCCAAAGUUCCACUCCCUUUGUCUGUUGCGAUGCUGGCCUUCGGACGAAUGCAUUUAUACCGAGUGCCACACUUUGUAACCUUUUCUCUUCUCCUACAUGUGCUGUGCUGUGUUGUGUAAUGUUCAUUCUACAUAGGAAGGACAGUGCACUCAAGAAACUUGACACUGGAGAUGGGGCAAAUUUCAGCAAAGAAAUGCCUAAAUUAAUGUCAUCAGUUGUUUACGCUACGUGGGGAAGAGAACAGAACUGUGAAUCCUUUAUGAAAAGUUCCUGGUUCUGUUCAUGUUGCAUAGAAAACUUUUCACAGUCUUUAUGUCCUGACUCUUAAAAUCAAGUGAUUUAACUGUGUGUAAGCACAUAAAUCAUACCAGUGCAACAUCUCAAUAUUCUGCCUUGUAGACACUUUGAUAUUUCACUAUAUUGCUUUGUUAAAACAGACUUUUUUUACUCACUGUGCCAUACAGUGUGUAUGCUCUGAACUUGCAUCUCUUGCAGGUCUAAAGUAUGCUGGUUAAAACUCAAUACAUUUCAAGCACACUGUGACUAUCACAAAAACUACACAGCCAAGUAUACUUCUAAUUAUUUUAUGUACAUUUAAAAGCUGCCACAGUUAUGUCUAGACAAACUAGAAUGUACUGCUUAUAUAGAACUGUUAUUUCUAUCAAAUCAUUUGUUCAAUCAGUGUGAUUUGAACAUUUGUGAGAUUAUUAAAAGUCUUUCUUACACUUUUUACUUUUUGUGAGAGUGAGAAAACAACAGUAUUCUAUGUAGCUUUCUAUUCAGGAAGGAUACCAGCAGAUUCAUAAACAAUUUGCUGUGAUGUUGUUUUAAAACAUUCAGUUUUCUCUGGCACUUUGAAAUUAAUCCUUGGACUUUGUCCAUAUGUAGAAGCUAGCAAACCUUGAGGUGUGGUGUGAGUUAAGGGUGCAGUUGCUGUACUGCAGUGUUUCCAAGUAGACAAGGUAGGCUUUUUUGCUAUUGUAAACAGAGAAUCAACCAUCUCCUAAUAAAUGCCCACACGUGAAAUGAAUAUGGAAUAGUUACAAUAUUGUAAACUCCUGCCCUGCCAUACAGUGCUAACUUCUGCAUGUGGACAAACUCUUAGUAAUAGUGGGAAAUACUGACCAUAAUUAUUAGCUCUGUAUAAACUAUUAUCUUAGUGCCUAGAUGCUACAGUGACUGCCAUUUAUAAUAAAGCCUAAAAUAGCUAUGUGUAAG